AUGGAAACUUCGUAUGCAUCUGUAAACUCUGGAGGAUUCUUUGAAGAGAGUCUGAUUCCUAACCUUGAAAGACUUGCUAACGAUAAAAAUAAUAUACAUUUUACUCACAAACCCGAAAAACUCGGUGGUCCGAAGGAAAUGAAGAGAAUGAGCUAUACUUCAGGGGCAACGUAUGCUAUUCUUUGCGGUGAUUAUCUUGGAAGACCAGUGGGUGGCAGUAAUAAGUAUUUUCGCCCAGAAUUAAAAUGUUUUACAGAUAUUUUGAAAGAAAACGGCUAUAAUUUGGUUGCUAUCUAUCCUACAUCAUAUUAUUCAUGUAAUCAAGGCUAUUUGUACUUAUCUCACUCAAUGAAGCAAACAGAUUUAAUUGAUUCUUUAAUCAUGAAAAAGACUGAUGAUUGGAUAUCAGAUUACAUCAUGAUUGAUCAUGCAAAGAAAGCUAUUCUUAGAAAAUACCAAGAAAAUCGUCCAUUUAUGGCAAUUAUGAUGACAAUGGACACACAUUUCCCAGGAUUCCAUUGUAAGUAUUGCAACAAGACAGGAAAUAAGUUAUAUGAUGCAAUUAGAUGUUCUGAUCAACAGAUUUCGAGUUUUGUUGAAUGGGUGAAUUCUCAGUCGUUUUAUGAGAAUACAACUAUCAUUAUCCACGGAGACCAUAAAUAUAUGGGUAAUAAGAUGAAUAUAGACAGAAAUUAUGAUAGAAGAGUUUUUAAUUUGGUAAUUAAUCUAAAAACUCAAAGAACAGGCAAAAUUACUAAGGAUUAUGCAUUGUUUGAUAUGUUUCCAACGUUACUAUCACUUGCAGGAGCUAAAAUUAAGGGAGAAAAACUAGGAUUGGGAACAAAUUUGUUAUCUAAUGAACCUAACUUGCUAAAUAAGUAUCCAUUUGAAUAUAUAAACAAAGAAACAACAAGAGAAAACAUUUGA